AUGGCACCUGCUUCAACGCUGUAUUUGGUCCACCAGAAGGGUGGCCAGGUUUUAAUCUUCACUCAGAGGAAUGGCACCUGGCGCAUGACGCGGAUGCCACCCCAGCAGUUGGCGAAGGUGCACAUCAUCAUGAGCUACGGGCAUCAUGGCUGGACCAUCAAGGAGGGAGGCGUGAAAAUCCAGUCACAGCUUCCCUUGGCUGACCAGGACCCACUCUUCCCUCCGCUUGGCACCUGGCACGGGAGCCGCGCCUUUGCAGGCGACUGGACCCUCCAGGAGGAGAAGCCUCAGUUGCCGCCUUUGCCGCGCAUGGAGCCGAUCGACACUGGCAGCGCCACAAUGCGCGUCGUGGAGGAGGACUCCGGCCUGGUGCGGGUGGACUUCGGGCUCCACUCGCAGCCCUUGACCGACCAGGUGGUCGAGGAGCUCAUGGAGACCAUGCGCGAGGGCAUUCGAGAGAUGGCGCGCAGGCCGGAUGCAACGAUGCUCUUCACCUUCACUCUACAGGGCGCUGCCAUCCCUGCCAUGCGCCACGUGAAGCGCCUGAUCUCCCUCUCGCACGAGAUCGGGGAAUUGCUUUUCCUGGUGGCGCGGGGUUCGGCGAUGAUCCUUCGGCCUCAGGGCUUCCUUGGCAGCGCCAUGGUGGCCAUCGUGCGCUUUGUACAGACCGCCGCCGCUGCCCCCUGGCCAGAGACCAUAGUUCCAACCAUGGAAGAAGCAGAAGCCUUCCUCCUCACGCUUCGCCCGAGCUGCCUGUCACCCAGCAUGAGGGGCAUCAGUAAUGCCACGGAGGAGGACCCUACGCCCAGCAAUGUUGAGUCAGAGUUGCUCGAUGAGGGAGCUUCCAAGGUCCGGUCCGCGCCACGUGCACAUGUUAAGAGCGUGCCACGCGAGGACAGUAUGAAUCUGGACCUAUGGGUACCCAGCGAGCAUGACAUCAUUGAGAGAAAAGAUGCUGGGGUCCAGGAGCUUGAGCCUCCUGGUUGA